AAGUAAACAAUUUAUAUAAUAAAGAGCCACCAUGAACGGCACCAAAAAGUACAUCAACGCAGACCCAUAUCAAUGGCCAUACGAUGGCAAUCUCGCUCCAGAAAAUACUUGCUUAAUCGUCAUUGAUAUGCAAGUUGACUUUUGUGCUCCCGGUGGAUAUGUGGACAAGAUGGGAUACGAUAUCAGCUUGACUCGUGCCCCGAUUGAACCAAUAUCCAAGGUCUUUGAAUGCCUGCGAGCCAAAGGAUUUCAUAUCUUGCACACUCGAGAAGGCCAUCGACCUGACUUGUCCGAUUGUCCUGCCAACAAGCAAUGGCGAUCCCAACAAAUUGGUGCCGGAAUUGGAUCGCCGGGUCCCUGUGGUCGCAUAUUGGUCAUUGGAGAACCCGGGUGGGAAAUCAUCCCCGAAUUGGCCCCGUUGGAGAAGGAAAUUGUCAUUGACAAGCCAGGCAAGGGAUCCUUUGUCGGGACCAGUUUAGAUUUGAUACUGAGGACCAAAGGCAUUCGCAAUAUCAUUCUUGCGGGUGUCACCACGGAUGUCUGUGUUUCCACCACGCAACGACAUGCCAAUGACCUGGGAUACGAAUGUAUGUUGUUGGAAGAUUGUUGUGCUGCCACCGAUCCGGCCAAUCAUAAUGCGAUCUUGAGUAUGAUUAAGAAACAGGGCGGUGUCUUUGGUGCCGUGUCCAAUUCCAAAGCAUUGAUUGAGGCUGUCAAUGGUGCUAGCUAGCUAGCUAGUAGCUACUGAAGUUCAGUUGUGUGAAGUCAAGUAACUGAUAGAGCUGCUAACCAUAACCUAUAAGCUAGUUCCUUUUGUCAACAC